GCCACUCAAAAACUGUGAUUGGCCGGCGUCGUUCCGCCCUCUUCUACCGCGCAUGCGCGCCGUCGCCAGCGCCGAGGCGUGUUUACAAAGUUUGGCCCUGCAAAAGUUUGUUUUUACAAGAAAAUCCGUCCGAGUGCGCGCGAUCCUCAAUGAAGAUCCACUUGGCGCCGCUCAACGUCCCUCUGAGGCGAAGACUGCAGACUGCCGCAGUUCUGCAGUGGAUUUUUUCCUUCCUGGGUCUAGCCCAAUGCUGUCUGGCCGCCUUCAUCCUCCUGUCACUCUCCACCUGGUGGAUGUUGGCGUUGCUCUACGCCACCUGGCUGUGGCUCGACUCGGACACGCCCAACCGCGGAGGUCGCAGGUGCGAGUGGAUCCGGCGCUCGAUUGUGUGGGAAUACUUCCGGGACUACUUUCCAAUCAAGCUUGUGAAAACAGUAGACCUGGAAGCUGACAAGAACUACGUAUUUGGAUUCCAUCCGCAUGGCGUGCUGGCCACGGGAGCGUUUGGUAAUUUCUGCACAGAGUCCACGGGUUUCUCCGCUCUCUUUCCCGGACUCAAGUCUCACCUGCUCAUGUUGCCCUUCUGGUUCCGAGUGCCGAUCUUCAGGGACUACAUCAUGAGCGGAGGUCUGGUAUCAAGCUCCAAGUCCAGCCUCUCCUACUUGCUGAGUCGCCCAGAAGGAGGAAACGUUGCAGUCAUCGCGGUGGGCGCCGCCCCGGAGGCACUGGAUGCUCGUCCUGGAGCUUUGACGCUACAGCUGCGGAAAAGGAAGGGCUUCAUCAAACUGGCGUUGAGACAUGGAGCUCAACUGGUUCCGGUCUUCUCGUUUGGAGAAAACGAGCUCUUUGAUCAAGUUCAGAACCCGACCGGCUCUCCUCUCAGGACACUGCAGGACCGGCUGCAAAGCAUCAUGGGAAUAUCGAUGCCUCUGUUCAACGGUAGAGGAAUCUUCCAGUACAGUUUCGGGCUGCUGCCGCACAGGAAAGCCAUCCUGACAGUUGUGGGGACGCCCAUCCAGGUGGCGGCCACACCGAACCCUACUAGCGAGGACAUCGACGCUCUUCAUGAAGUUUACUUGGAGCACCUGAGCGAGCUGUUUGAGCGACACAAACAUGAAUACGGGCUGCAGGAGCACCAACACCUGAACUUCAUCUGACGUUAUUGCACUUUCUCUUCUCUGUCCAAUACAAAAAAAAUCAUGUGGCAACCGAUCAUCCUGCUGUUAAGUUGCACGAGUUCCUGUUGGUUUCAGGUCACUUCCUUUUGGUUUCUGGAUCAGUGGAGUAAUCGGAUUAGGAACAUUUAAUGCA